CUUUAGUAGGAGGUAGUUUCCUGUUCGGCCACAUAGUGGUACUAUUCAUUGGAAACGACGUGCGCAUUUCUUGCCACCACCUUAAGUGUAAAUGCCUUUCAGAGUUGAUUCGCAGUGCGCUCGCGAGUCCGGUUUGCUUCAGCGGCAUGUCCAAAUCAGAAUGAAUUUGAUACAGUUCUAAUCAACUGGAAAAUGGAAAUAUUGUUAAUGCUGUCUGCGGAGUAAACCAUUACUCUCUCACAAGUUUACUCUCUCGGGUCACAGAAACAGACCCUAAAAUAAUGCGUUGUGAGUCAUAAAUUAAAAUAGACGUAACCCUUCCUUCUAAAACGGAUCCAUUGGGAGACAAUACUGAAGAAACAAGACAUUGGUCCCAGCGGAGAACACGGUGCGACGAAAGGAGAACUUAUUUAAAUUUUUUUCUGGUUGUUCCACUGUGCUGUGUUUCCCCUAGUCCCUGUCUGUCUCUUGACAAAAGGAGACGUUCAUGAAUCCAAUUCUGACCCACCAGUGAGCUGAAGGUGUUGAAGUCUCUCUACUGCUAAUGAUGUCUUCCAAGCAAGCCACAUCUCCGUUUCCCCCAGCGACGGAGGAAGAGGACGCGAUGGGUCAGGACGAUGUGGCCUGGGCCAAUGAGGACAGAGAAAGCCAGGACCAGCCGGCGUCACCCACUCUGCACAGCAAACCCCUCCCAGAGGAGCACCAGCCAAUCAGAGACAGCCAGCCUGAGUCGGCGUGGAAGAGUAUAGGCUCUACUCAGACGGACAAUGGUAGCAGCAAGGGCUGUUCCUUGUACUCCUACCGGAAUAACUCUACCUCUCCACCAAAGCCCGAGGAGUGUUCUCGGGAGCGGGGCGAGCAGCUAGGCGGAUCGACCUUCGGAACACUUGAGCGCCGCAAAGGAAGCCUGGCCGACGUGGUGGACACACUGAAACAAAAGAAACUGGUGGAGCUGACAAAGACAGAGCAGGACGAGUCGACCUGUAUGGAGAGACUUCUGUCUAAAGACUGGAAAGACAGGAUGGAGAGACUGAAUGCCAGCAAGCUCCUAGGAGAGGUCAAAGGUACCCCAGAGAGUUUGGAGGAGAAGGAGCGGCAGCUGUCCACCAUGAUCGGCCAGCUUAUCAGCCUGCGGGAGCAGCUCCUGGCGGCCCACGACGAGCAGAAGAAGAUGGCUGCGUCACAGAUGGAGAAACAGAGGCAGCAAAUGGAGCUGGCCCGCCAGCAGCAGGACCAGAUUGCGAGGCAACAGCAGCAGCUCAUGCAGCAGCAGCACAAGAUCAACGUUCUACAGCAACAGAUACAGGUGCAGGGUCACAUGCCUCCUCUGAUGAUCCCAGUGUUUCCUCAUGACCAGCGAUCUCUGGCUGCUGCCACCGCUGCUGCACAGCAGGGCUUCCUCUUCCCACACAACAUGUCCUACAAACCAGGUGAUAACUACCCCAUGCAGUUCAUUCCAUCCACAAUGGCAGCUGCAGCCGCGUCAGGACUGAGCCCGCUACAACUACAGUUUCCCUAUUUCCUCUCAUUGCAGCAGCUGUACGCCGCCCAGCUGGCCAGCAUGCAGAUCUCACCUGGAGCCAAAAUGGCCUCACUGCCACAGCCUCCCAACUCCUCAGACCCCCUAUCGCCCCCCGGCUUGAAGAGUGAGAAGAGAGUGUUGAGUCCUGUCACUCAUGUUAAGGAGGAAGGGUCGACGCAGCCCCUGAACCUCUCAGCCCGAUCCAAGACUGGCGAGCCCCACCGCUCCCCGUCCUCGCCCUCACACACCCUGUUCCCCAGCAACAAGACCAGCCCCAUCACCAUGGGGAAGGGGCGCAUCCCUAGCCCUCUCUCCAACAUGGGCAGAGGCUCACUGGACAUCCUAUCCAGCCUGAACUCCACAGCGUUGUUUGGGGACCAGGACGCGGUGAUGAAGGCUAUCCAGGAGGCGAGGAAGAUGAGGGAGCAGAUCCAGAGAGAACAGCUUCAUCAUCAUCAGCAGCAGCAGCAGAGCCUGGAGGCCAAGCUCACAGCCCUGAGCGGCAUGAGCCUCAGCAAUGGCAACAAGGAGCAGAUGCACUUUGAGAGUUUGAGUCAGCACCUGGGCAACCUGGGAGAGGAUGGAAAGAUGGGCCACAGAGUCAUUGACCUCACCAGACCUGAGGAUCUUCAUGGUGGUGCCAGCACUACGGAAGCACGGGUCUUCAGGGAGGCCAGGGGCAGGAACAGUGCCGAGCCCCACAUCAAGAGGCCCAUGAAUGCCUUCAUGGUGUGGGCCAAGGACGAGAGGAGGAAGAUCCUGCAGACCUUCCCCGACAUGCAUAACUCCAACAUCAGCAAGAUCCUGGGCUCUCGCUGGAAGUCCAUGAGCAACCAGGAGAAGCAGCCAUACUAUGAGGAACAGGCCCGUCUCAGUAAAAACCAUCUGGAGAAGUACCCCAACUACAAGUACAAGCCCCGGCCCAAGAGGACCUGCAUCAUCGACGGGAAAAAGCUGCGCAUCGGGGAGUACAAGCAGAUGAUGCGCUCGCGGCGACAGGAGAUGAGGCAGUUCUUCAGUGUGGGGCCACAGCCUCAGAUCCCCAUCAGCAACAGCGCUGGAGGCCUCUACCCGGGCGCCAUCACCAUGGCGACAGCCACGCCUUCACCGCACCUAACAUCAGACUGCUCCAGCGCGUCGGCCAGCCCCGAGCCCGCAAUCCCUGUCAUCCAGAGCACGUUCGGCGUGGUCAAGCCAGAGCCGGUUGCCAUGGUGACCGGUGACCACCCAGUCAACGGGGAGGACGAGAUAGACAUGUACGAAGACUUUGAGGACAAAUCGGACUACAGCAGUGACCACGAGACACGGGAGCCUGUCAGUGCCAACUGAACCUGCUCAGAAGAACUUCUGAACUUUUAGAAAAAAAAUUAAGCAGGACAAUAUGACAGAGACUGAGUUUUGCUCAGAACAACUUUUCAACAGUACAAGGGGGGCGGAACAGUUUGGCUGGGAUUUGAUGCACCACGGACUGAGCAUGCUCAGAUUUACUCUGGACAGGACGUGACAUACACUGAGAAUUCUCUGAUUGCCUCUGGACAGGAUGUGGCAUUCUCUGAUUGACUCUGGACAGGAUGUGACAUACACUGAGCAUUCUCUGAUUGACUCUGGACAGGACGUGACAUACAUUGAGCAUUCUCUGAUUGACUCUGGACAGGAAGUGACAUACACUGAGCAUUCUCUGAUUGACUCUGGACAGGAUGUGACAUACACUGAGAAUUCUCUGAUUGACUCUGGACAGGAUGUGACAUACACUGAGAAUUCUCUGAUUGCCUCUGGACAGGAUGUGACAUACACUGAGCAAGCUCUAAUUAACUCUGGACAGGACAUGACAUACACUGAGCAUUCUCUGAUUGAAUCUGGACAGGAUGUGACAUACACUGAGCAUUCUCUGAUUGACUCUGGACAGGUCGUGACAUACACUGAGCAUUUGAAGAUCUCACAGACCGCCCAUGUUUCUCAAACUACCAUUUUGGACAAGAACACUUUUUCUGAACAAUCCCGUACCAAGUGAUUGGGUUGAGACAACUUCCAGACAGAUAGACAGUGAACAAGACAAUCCAACACAGACAAGAGCUAGUAAGAGUCAGGGCGAUGAGAAGAGAAUGUUCGAACAAAGAGAGAACUGACACAUUUCUGCGUGUGGUUUUUUAAAGGAGAGUCCACGGACUUGACUGAGACAUCAGAAAUUGGUCUUCAACAGCUAUCGGUGUUAAAUGUUUAUUUUAAGUGUGAUUACGUUUUUAUGAUAUGUUUCCUUUGAUUGUGGGUUUCUGGAUUUCCAUGGACACUUUCAUGACAGGUUACUUACUGCCUGUAAAACCUUGGACUGUCAGGACUUUAACAUUUGAAAGUGAAUAUAAAUCCUUAGCUUUCAUCUUAUCUUAUUAUUUCUUAUGAGUACAGUACAUCUACACCUUUCUCCACAAAUGCUUACAAUAUGUUACAUUACUGUUCAUGAUGGGGUUUAUAUCCUUGCUCAGGUAUGCUGUGCCAGCUUGUGAAUGUGUUUUGAUUUCAUACGAGUGAGUGGUAGACAUUUUCAGACUGACAAUGAAACAGAGGAGAAAAUACCUAUUAUUAUAAUUAUUAUUUUCUGAGAUAUUGUACAGUUUUUCAUCAAAUGUGCCAAACCUACAUUCACAUCACUCAGAAAUAUUCUAGUCUUAAUGCUGAUGCUGCAAAAAGUCUUAUACAAUCAGUUUUUAUUGCUGAGGUGUCCCUAUUAGGAGAAAGCUGCCGCUUUAGCUGACAUCUGCAUUGCAGAUGUUUUGGUGGUGUCGGAGGUGGAACUGCGUUAGCGCUGUCAAAUCCACAAGAAGGUCUUGGCAUUAUACCUAAAGCAGACAUUGCCAUUGGCUGCACGGAGUCGCAUUAAGAAAAAUCGCAUGCAGCUUUGUUUACACGUUGGAACACUGGAAUGUGAGAUGUAAUUUACACCUGAAUUAGGCUGAUAGAAAUCCACAUAUUUUCACUGAAUGAUUUUCAGUUUGAGCGCCAUUAUUUCUACAGUAUAUAGCCUGCACUUUCUCGUUCUGAACUUCUAACGCGAGUGGGAUGGGUGUGACUUCGUGACAAUGAUCAAGAGCAGCUGCUCACUGAUUUGACAGCUCCAACACCAACAAAACAUCAGCUAUGCGGGUGUUGCCUAUCGCCGGUUAACACUCAACCUGAUUUGAAUCUAGCCUCAUUUUGUAUUGGCUGUUUAGAGAAAACCAAAAAAAUAAUGGGUUACAGUUUCUCCUGGCCCAUAGAAUACUUUCAGGGUGAGGAAUAAUCUAACAUCGAGUUGUACAAUCCUGAACUUCCCCUUUAAUUCAUACAUAAUGCAAAGGGGCCAAAAACGAUCAAAUUAGUUAUUUUGGUCAACUGCUACAGUACACUGACGUUCAGCUGGAGUGGCUUUUAGGUUUGAAAUAUCUUUUGUUUGACUAUAGAGGUUGUGAAUAAAACAUGUUGUAUAGACUCUGCAAAUGUUGAUAAAGACACAGGACAUCAUAAUAGGCACAAUAAGUCUUAAAGUUGAACUCUUCUAGUUCUAUUUGUCAUACAGGAAAAUGCAGAGGAGCGGUCCCGACCAUAUAUUUAGGUUUUUUUUAAUGUAGGUUUUAUUUACUCUAUUGUACCUAGAUUCAGAAGAUCAGAUUUGUUCAUGUGAAUUGAUCAGUUUACAAUUAUGUAGCCAGAGAUGGUUUUCAAAAUACAAACCAAUGUUUUGUUUUUGUAAAAUUGGUACAUUUGCAAAGAAAACAAAAACAUCAAUAUUGGUCAAUAUUAGCUCUAGCAUUUCAAAAAAGUAGUGCAAGAAUAUUUUGAAAUAGAUAUUUCAGGUAAAUUAAAAUAUACCCAUAAGUCCUAUUUUCAUAUGCCCAUCUCUACUUUGAAAAUAUGUAUACAUUUACAACCUCUAUUUUAGGCGGGUUUAGGUUUCUCUGUUUUCUGGUUGAUUUGUAUGUGAUUUGUGUCUCUUUACGACCAUGUCGAAUUAUAUUUUGUAGGUUGGUAGAAAAUAACAUUUUUGUUACGACUGAAGUUUGAUUUUGCUUGCAAUACAGAGAAAAGGAGAGCUGUACUGUUCACCUCAUGCAAAGACAUUGUUUCAAGUUUUAUAAGCAUCACAGGCACUGGAUAUGAGUGGUAGUUUUUCAGUACUGUCUAAUGUGAAGUUGUCGUUAGAAAACAACAAUGACAAAAUUCUGACAAACAAAACAUUUCCUGUGUGGACGCCAGAUUUGAGUACAUUUCCAGUUUAGUAACAUUUGUAUUAUUUAUGCAGAAAUAGUUGUUUUAGCUUCAGUGCUGCCUGAAGUGCUCUGACCUUUGACACAAAUUCAAAGGUCACUCAGACCACCGGUCAGUUUCAACCUACAGAAGCAGACAUAAUUUUUCCUGGCCCCACACAUUUUGUGUUAAGUAUUGUAUUUGAAAUUCAAUUGUGCAUUUUAACAUUUCAUUGUAUUUAUUAGCCGGUGUUGGCUCUAAAAGUGUCAGUACAACUUGGUGAGACAGACAAUCAGAAAAAAAUAAAGACUGAGAUUUCCUUACAAA